AAUAAAAAAAGGUUCAAAAAAUUGAAAAGUUAUUUAAUGCAACAUUUGAUCUAAAUUUGAUGUGAAAUGAUAAGAUUUACGCUUGAAAGGUAGUGGAACCCUUGUGCCUAUGCACAAAGGCCUGUCUAGAAAUUUUUAGGAGCCCUCACACAAGAAAGUUGUUUGUAGGAUUUCUUCAAUGGUGAGCUGAGUUGAGUAGGGGUGGGGGAAGGAGAAAGAGGAUGGGAUCGAGGGUAAGGAGCAAUGGUGAUGGGCACAGACGAUUAGGGACGAUGGGGCUAUGGGACAGAGGGGUAACGUAGAGCUUUUGAAAUCCCAAGGGAGAAGGAGUAGCAGAACUUUGCUUGCCGCCAAAGAAAUGUAAUUUUCAAGGGAGUCAGGAGACUCAGGACCUGAGUAGCAGUCAAUUUUUUUCCAAGAAAUUGUAUGGGACAGAGUAAUACAUGAUUUGUCCUUGAUUAAGUAGAGACUAAGAGAUACCAUGAACAAUAUCUUGGGCACUCUCAAAAAACCAAGGCUAAUCAGUUCCCUCAACACCACCAAGUCAUCUAACGAACUCAUCAACCGCCUGUCAGCUUCAGGUGCUCAUAGAGAGGUCCUUCACGUCUACUCUUGCAUGCUGAGGGACGACACUCUUCCUGACGCCCACACCUUUCCCAGUUUGCUAAAAGCUUGCACCUCUAUUGGUUUACCUUCACAUGGCCUCUCAAUUCACCAACGCAUCAUCGUUGAUGGCUACUCGUCUGACGCCUACAUUGCCACUUCUCUCAUCAACAUGUAUGCGAAAUUUGGGAAGACCCAUGUUGCAUGUCAAAUCUUCGAUACAAUGCCUGAGAGAAGUCUCGUCCCCUGGACUGCUAUCAUCGGCUGCCAUUCACGUGCCGGCCAAGUAGAUAUGGCUUUCUCUGUGUAUAAUCAGAUGAGGCAAGAAGAAAUUCAACCCAAUUCUGUUACUCUGUUGGGCUUGCUCUUUGGAAUUUCACAGCUUAUCCAAUUGCUAUGCGUCCAUGCUUUGGUGGUUCGAUUGGGUUUCGAAUCUGAAAUUUUGGUGAUGAAUUCUUUGUUGAAUGUGUACGGUAGAUGUGGGAGGGUGGACAUGGCACGUCAUUUGUUCGAUUCGGUGCAUCAAAGAGACAUUGUUUCCUGGAAUUCUCUCCUUUCGGGUUACUCCAAAAAUGAGAACGUAAUGGAGUCUUUGGAGCUUUUGAAUAGGAUGAGGAUCAAUAGAGCAGAACCAGACCAGCAGACAUUUGGGUUUGUGGUGUCUGCGAUUGCGAAUCAAAGCCAACUUCAAUUGGGACAAUCCGUCCACGGGCAGAUUGUCAAGGCUGGUUUUGGAUUCGAUGGACAUGUGGAAACAACUCUUGUGGUCAUGUACUUGAAAUGUGGAAAUGUUCAGAAUGCUUUACUGAUGUUUAAUGAGAUCGAAGAUAAGGAUGUGAUCUCAUGGACAGCCAUGAUCUCGGGUCUGGUACAAAAUGAUAGAGCUGACGAGGCUCUUAACAUAUUCCAUUCGAUGCUAAAGUCAGGAGGGAUGCCCUCUACUGCAACCAUAGCUAGUGCUCUCGCUGCUUGUGCACAGUUGGGUUCCUCUUCUCUGGGAACUUCCAUCCAUGGGUACAUCAUCAGGCAGAAAAUUAAAGUAGACACUGCUGCUGAGAACUCGCUUCUUACCAUGUACGCUAAGUGUGGUCAUCUAGAACAGAGUUGGGCAGUGUUUGAUAGGAUAGAAGACAGAGAUGUUGUUUCAUGGAAUGCAAUAGUUGCUGGUUAUGCUCAGAAUGGUAAUUUGGACAAGGCCUUGUGCCUCUUCAAUGAAAUGAGGGAGGCCUGCCAAAGACCUGAUCCUAUUACGGUUGUCUCCCUUCUCCAAGCUUGUGCCUCUAUUGGGGCACUCCAUCAAGGAAAGUGGAUCCACAAUUUUGUGAUUAGAAAUGGAGUUGGUCCUUCCAUCUCAAUUGACACUGCUUUGAUUGAUGUGUAUUCAAAAUGUGGUGACAUCAACGCCGCUCAAAGGUGUUUUGAUGAUAUGCCGGAGCAUGACUUGGUUUCAUGGAGUACAAUGAUUGCAGGAUAUGGUAGCCAUGGAAAGGGAGAGACAGCUUUGAGGAUGUACUCAGAAUUUCUGGGAACCGGGAUUGAACCUAAUCAUGUGAUUUUCCUUGCUGUCCUCUCUGCAUGUAGUCACUCUGGACUUGUUUCUCAGGGUUUGAGUGUUUUCCAGUCUAUGACACAAGAUUUUGGGAUUGAACCAAAGCUGGAGCACCGGGCCUGCAUUGUUGAUCUCCUCACCCGAGCUGGAAGGGUUGUAGAGGCAUAUAACUUCGUCAAAAAGAUGUUCUCACAACCCAGUGCUGAUGUUCUUGGAAUACUGCUUAAUGCUUGUCGUACCCAUAGAAAUGCAGCUCUUGCAGAUGUUGUUGCCAGGGAAAUUAUCAUGUUGAAGCCCACCAAUGCCAGCAAUUAUGUCCAGUUGGCACAAAGCUAUGCUUCAAGGAGCAAAUGGGAUGGCAUGGGAGAAGUGCGGAUGCAGAUGAAAUCCUUGGGCUUGAAAAAGGUGCCCGGUUGGAGUUCUAUCGAACUACACGGAACAAUUGCAACAUUUUUUGUAGAUCAAAGUUCACAUACUCAAUAUGAAAAGUUAAUGUUAGUGUUGAACAUCCUUGGCAUGGAAAUGAAACAUGAACUCUAGCAUCCAUACCUAGUUUCUGUUAGAAAUACCCAGAAAAAUGGAGCAAAAAUAAGCAAAAACCAGGCGGCGAGAUAAUGAUCGGAUCCUUAAGAGUUUAGUAGACUGCAAGGGGUGAUGGUCAUACCAGCCCAAAACAAGUGAAAACUGUUAACUGAUCAGUGCAACCUAACUUGAUAAAUUGAUUCUUGAAUGUACCACAUGGUGUGAUGCUUUUGAGAUGAAACUUACACUAGUACUAGAGGCUUAUUUUGGCAAUUUGUACAGAAGAGUUUUGCCACCAUCAGGGAGAACUUCACAAAGAUUGUGGUCUAACAGGUCAACAUGGGAACCAAAUGCAAAAUCUUCAUGGUUCCUUUAUUCUUGUCGUUCUUUUUGUUCCCUUUGGUCUUCUCUGCUUGUUUGGAUGUAUUGGUUAGGAUUGGACUGAAGAAAAGAGCAUUAGAUCAAAAUAGCUAGCUUGCUGCCUGACUUGAGUCUGAAGAAUGGGAGUCUUUAAGGGCUUCUGUCCGGAAAUAUCACCUCCGUGGUAACCUUGGCGACUAUGAGGAUACUGACAUAGUUGCACUAAAAAAUUACGUGGAUUCCCAGUACUUCGGCAAGAUUGUGAUUGGGUCUCACCCUAAAAAAUUCACUGUGAUAUUUGACACUGGUAGUUCAGAUUUGUGGGUGUCCUCUGCCAAGUGCUACUUUUCGGUGAGUUUUAAUUUUCUCUAUGUUAUAAAUUAAAACACAUAUUAUGAAAAAAAAUUGGUCUUCUCCCUCACAGGGAAACCAGCUGCGAUCCAAUAUGGGACUGGAGAUAUUUCUGGUUUCUUCAACCUAGACAAUGCCAAGGUUGGUGACUUAGUGGUCAAAGAUCAGAUAAGCUCCAAGUUUUCAUACAAUGCCCAAGCUAAUAGCUUCUUAAAUCUUUGUCAGCUCUGGUAUAUCUUACAUGUGAUUCUUUCCCAGGAUUUAUUGACACAAGUAGAGAGCCAAGUACCACAUUUCUGGUAGCCAAGUUUGAUGACAUACUUGGACUUGGAUUUAAAGAGAUCUCUGUUGGGAGUGCUGUCCCUGUAUGGUAGUCUGGUGUUGUCUUUGCUAUCUAAUGUGUUUAUACUUGACAAAAGAGUGCAUCAAUAAUAAUUUGUUAACGUCUCUAUGGAAUGCAGUUCUUUUGUGGUUUAUAUGUCAUCUUUGAAAAUUAUUUUUUGUACUUAAUUAUCACUUAUGUUGCUGGUUUUCUCCUUUUUUCCUUUUUUAUACUACCUAAUUAAUUCCUAAUUGUUUAAUUAGGUGAAUAUCUUUUGGCAUUAUCAAUUUUGAGCUUACAAUCCUACAAAUGGUUUAGGUACAACACUGUUGAUCAAGAGGAAGGCUAUUCUGUUUGGAGGGGUUGAUCCUAACCAUUAUAAGUGUGAACAUACAUGUGCCUGUGACUCAGAAAGGCCAUUGGCAGUUUGACAUGGGCGAUGUCAUUAUUGACGGCAAGUCAACAAGUAAUCAUAAACUCCCAUUUGCCUUCGUGUACAGUGAACAUGGAAUUCUGUAAUUUAUGGAAAGUCUAGUAGAAUAUCAUAUCAAUUGUAGGUACUUAUAAUGUAUGCGUGCAAACCGCGGAAAUGGACUUAAAUCCUUUGGUCUUCCCUUGUUUCUGCCUUAAUCUACAGACCUUCUGUUAUGUUAAAGUACAUGGUGAGAGGAUGAAGUUUGUCUUUCAGGUCAUCUUGAAUGGUGUUUAAUUAAAAGAAAUAGUGAUGUGGUACAAGAUCAUCUAACUGGGUAGUGAAUUGUUGGUUAUGAGCUAACUGCAAUGUUCUCCAUGUGAAAUGUAUAGCAUGUAAAGCUUCAAGUCUAGGUGCUUACAUUUUCUUGCUUUGGUUAUCAGUAUUUCCUCAAAGUUCGUGAGGGAGCUGCAGCCCAGUGCAUUAUUGGAUUUACAGCCUUGGACGUGCCACCGCCCCAUGGUCCUCUCUGGUACUUUAUCCGCAAUCACUUCUCUUUAAUCCUCUCUCUUGAACGAUUCGUGCAUUGGUUGAACUGAAUAAGUUGCAGGCAGCAAAGUACUGUAAUAAGUUGAUAUUACAUUACUUAACUAAUGAUGAAACUGAAUGCAUUAUAUGCAGUGAAGGAUACUUCUUUUCUGUAUCUUACUAUUUGGGAUGUCAACCGAACCAGAUUUGGCA